CACAGCUUUGCAGACUCCAGGAAUCUGUCAUUUGAAUUGAUUCAGAGUGACAGCGGGAGAAGGCGGUGGAAACUGCAUGCCUCUUGCAGUCUUUCUUCACAUCUGGCUCCUCUCAGAGCCAUCAUCAACCACUUCAAUCCAAAGAUAGAGUCUUACGCUGCUGUGAAUCACAUCUCACAGCUCUCAGAAGAGCAGGUUUUGGAAGUGGUGCGUUCCAACUAUGAUACGCUCACCCUAAAGUUGCAGGAUGGGCUGGACCAAUAUGAACGCUACUCUGAGCAACACAAGGAAGCUGCUUUCUUUAAAGAACUGGUUCGGUCCAUCAGCAUCAAUGUACGGAGGAAUUUGGCUUUCAACACCCUCAGCCAGGAGGCUUUGCUUAAAGAAUUUUCAACUAUUUCCUGAAGUAGGAUCACUUGCCUGCUUCCUGACUGGUCCUGGUGUUAUUGCACCCCCUUCCCCAGCAUUGACUGUAGCUCCUGGUUGUGGCAAGGCCUAGCCCUAGCGUGUGUAUGUGUGUUUUCCAGGGAAAACGAAGGGGAGAUUUGUACUUGUCCCAUAUCUUUGGGAUUAGAGAACCGACAAUAUGGUCUACUCUGGAGAGUGGAAGUAGGGAAGAGGGAUCCAUAGUUAUUGAUCUUCCCCACUUUUCUUUGUGGUAGCUCUUGUGCAAGGGUAAGAGUUUGCUCCCCAUAUGAGCAAAAUUAGAACAGAAGAAUGUUGCUCAAAAGGCUCAUCCUUCCAGUUCUCUUGAAGCUGUCUAUUGUUGGACAGUGGCCUGGGAAGAGCAAGUAGUGCAAGAAACAAGCCCUUAAUGAUAUGGGCAGACUAAAUGAACUCCUGCCAUAUGUACACAUGUGCUGUAACGCCCUAGUCAUCAGCUUGGCUUGGGUGCUUUGAAUUAGCUGUCCUUGUGUAUUAUUAGCUCCUUCUCCAGUUGGUGUUGAAAUUAACAUCUGAGGGUACUGCCCUUUCCUCUGAGUUAGUGCCUCCUGUUCUGAAUGGUGCUUGCCAGAGCUGCUUCUGGAGGAUUUUCCCAGUGCCCAGUCUAAAAUACUUGGUCUCUGGAAUUGCUUAACUAAGAGGCUACCUCUCUCAACUCAUUCCUGCUGUUACUACUGCCCUAUUUUAAGACUCCAGGAAUGAGCUGAUUAUUAUAUAUCAGUGAUUUAUUUUCAAAGGAGCAAUAAGGAGCAAAUUAUGUCCUAUGCUGUUUCUACUGCGCAUACAUCUGAUGUACAAACACGAGCCAUUUCAUCUUGUUCCCAGAAGGCUGGUAGAUCUUCUUCAUUAGAUUCCUUAAUAUCUUUCCACUGGCUUGAUAUGCAUGGAUUCCUACCCCAAUACUGAUAAAGGGAUCAGCUACUCCUGUUCAUAUUGUCAGUAUCUUCUCUUUCACACUGCCCAAACCAAAUUCCACACUGAGCUGAUGCAGGAACAGUGUAACACCGUACUUUCUUUGUAUUUCAAUGGAGUGUUUCAUUAGGUAGGUAGCUGGGUUUAGCUGUUGUCACAGCUUUUGAAGAAAAGGAGAACUUGGGGGAGAGGAAUCUAGUACUCUACAUCUGUUGUACUCAGUUCAGUACUUCUGUUCACCAAGUAGUGCAACUUCUGAUUAUAAGACACAUUUCUUGUGUUGUCCCGUCAUACUUCUGUCAUGGUGCAACUUUUUUAUUUUCCUAGCUUCUUAAAAUCAAAAAUGGUAAAGACACUAAAUUACUUUCCUUUAUUCACAUAAAAGAAAUACAGUGCUCUGUUUGGGAAACAAAGCUGGUUAGACCUCUGGAAUUCUACUCGGAAAAGAGAUCUCACUCCUCCAACAUACUUUUAACCUUCAGUUAAGAAUUUUAGUAGAAUUUGGUGCUGUACCCAUUUGGGAUGUGGGAAAAGUAAUACCAUGUGUAUUCUCAUCCAUGUUGCUGAAUCACCUCCAUUGGAUACAAACAGGUGUCACGCAAGCAAGUGUACAUGCAUCUUACUGGGAUCUUUCCUUAUACUACUUUAAUAGAUUAAUAUUCAGACAGAUUUUGUUUCAGAGAGACCUUAUGUAAUUUCUGUGUUCUUUUGGAAUGGAUGAGAGAAGCCCCCACUCUGUGCCCUUUCCCAAUGCAUCAGUGAGUAUCAGCGAUGCACAGCAAUGAAUUUUAGUACCAAGAGUUUUUGGAAAGACUUCUGUUUACUAGAAGGAACAUAGUGAACACCCUGCUGCUGAAACAACACCUGUAAGCGGAUGUAUAUAGAACUCUUGUACAGAUCACUCAAGAAGUGAGAAGGGGUGUGCCUCUGAUCACUCUUUUGUGUGCAGUGUACCAUUUUGUGUUCUCUUUGGAGGCGUAAUAAAUUAUUAUUACUCUUAACA